AUGCAGCAAAAUCCACUUGCCAACACCAGACUGGAGCUUAUUUGUCUCUUCUGGCGCAAAAGAGGAAUAAGCUCUUGCAGUGGGAAACACACUGAAAAGCCGGCCAGCGGCGGUGGACCCAGUGGCUCGGUGCUGGUCCGGGAGGCUGGUGUCGGUGUUGGUGGCGCGUGGUGCGUGGUGGCCGAGGCGGGGCUUGGGCGCGGGGAGCGGGCGCGGCGCCGGGGCGGGCGCCAGGCGGAGCGCGCGCUCGCCGCCACUGCCGGACCGACCGCCGCCGUACUCGCGCCAUCCGAACUCGCGCCAACCGCGCUACUUCUUACGAAUUACACGCGCUGUGAUCCAACACCAACUCGACAACCACCCACUAGUGAGACCUGUGAAGUGAGCAUCCAAGUGUAG